AUGGAACACCGUCAAGAGCACAUUGCCACGCUCUGUGCCGUAGGCACUGUUGGUAUUGCAGCUGCAGGACUGGCUCUAGGGACAUUGGAUGGAGAUUCAUUCCUCAUCAAGCCUGGCAAGAGGAAGUCUCCUGGACCCAAUGCCACUACACGCUCACCGAUAUCUCCUAAUCUACCAUUCUCCGCGCAUCCUCCAACAUCCCAACCCGUGAAUUCUUCUCCAACCUUACCAGAGAGGCUCGAACGUCGGCUGUCAACAUCUAUCCUGCGAAGGAAGACUGUCCAGUCCAACACGGCCCCCCCCGACCGCACUGUCACUGAGUCUCGGGAAAGUUCUAUGAGCAGGCAUGGCAUAUUAAGAACAUGGACGUCAGAUCGAGACUCGUCAACGGAAAGGAAAGAGCCUAGACCUGGAUCGUCCUGGGCCAGACGAAUAUCUAGUAUUUCUCGUCGAAACCACGACAGCCCUGCCUCGUCUUCCUCUAGGGUAGAUGAAUCCUCGAGUGCUUCUCGGCCCUCCUUUACUGACCUGGAGCAACCCAAUAGACUGGUCAAACGUUCGUCCUCUAAACGAAUUGCGAAUCACGGCCGUGAAGCUGCUGCCCUAUUGAAACGACCAGCCACUAGCCAUCAGAGGUCUGCAACGCUCUCUGGUCUUCCUUAUACGCGGCCACUUACCCGGGAAUUUAAUUUGGCUGUCGAUUCACCAGGAUGCACAUCUCAGAAACCCAGCUGGCGACCUUUCUUUGACUCGGGCUCUGUGAGAAAGCGAUAUUCUUCUGGAGUCUACCGUGAGCCUUCUGCCCGGACGAUCUCGACAGCCCAAAGCCGGACCCCGACCCUUCUGAUGGGUGGUUUGGUCGAACCUCGAAAAUCUCCCGAUAUGGAUGAGGGUCGAUCUUCCCCCCUUUUCGAGACCCCUGUAGCACCGACCACCACUCGAAGGCACAAAAUCCGUCGGACUUUGAGUUCGGUGCGGAGAGGAAUUCCUCAACGACAUUUUACUGAUCCCAUAGUUCGAGUGAACAAAGACGAAGCUUACGGCGGUAUGGUUCCGUCGACGACAUUUCCCCAUCUGUCACCAAUGUCGAAUAUUUCUGCGUUUGACGCUGACCUGCCCGAUGGGACCCCAGUGUUUACUUCAAGUCCUCCUUCGUAUGGUCCUCCUCAACACCGCUUUACCGUACCCAAACGGGUAUCGGUUGCUCCUUCGGAUCCAACAACGGCAAGCUCUGACAACGACACCCGUGUGUUUACUGACGAUGAUUCGAUGGAUUUUCACAGUGAUACUGCAUACGACUCACUAGCUACUCGAGCCACAGCCAGUAGUCAUUCAGCGUUCCGUCCACCUAAAGUCGAGACGAUAUUUGACGAGAGACAUGCUGACCAGCAACCUCCUGAGACAUCUGGGUUAGAAGAUCUGAUGCAAAGAACCACCUUUGAUGAUUUUGGUUUGAGCCCAAGAGGUGGGGUUGGACAAUCUUCGAAUGUUGGCAUCGGUAUUAGCAGUAUUGGAGAAGACGACAAGUUGCGAAACGUCAGCCCUGAUCAGGCGUCUACUCCGGUCAAAGGUCUCCGGGGGGAUAUGGAGGAUCUUGUGUCGACCCCAGUGCCCAAGAAGGUCUCUCGUAAUGGGCCCAUUCUGUCUUCUUCCCCUUCCCUCUGUCCAUUUCCUCCGCCUCAUCAUGAAGCGCCGGAGCUGCCUCAGAUGAUGGAUCUUGAUGAUGAUGACGAUGACAUCGACUGGUCACCAAAAUCCACCGCUGAUAGUGAUCAAGCACCACCGAAGGCCACGUCUUCCAGUGAAGUGCAAAUUCGGUUUGAUCACUUACCCGAAGACGAAUUUGAUGAACAAAGAUCGAACAAGAGGUCCUCGAUUUUCGAUUGGUCUGAACAUCACAAAUUUGGGAGCGACCAGUCCAAUGGAGUAAGCCCUCGACCGAAGACUGUACAUGGUAAACACGGCAACGAUGUCGGAAGGAGCCGUCCUUCUGGACGCAAAAGCAACGCAGCGACGCAUCUUCGCAGUCAGAGUGUCCCGGUCAAUCGAGACAGUGUGACGGAAAAUGAUCUACCGUCGUCAGCCACGAAAUUUGGGACCUGGGCUCUCGGUAGCAAACCAGUGAGCGAGGAAUGGAGUGAUGAUUUCGAAUUUGAUGAUGUCGACGAGAAUGAAGAAAUGAUGAUGGAGAGUGUAAACAAUGAAAAGGGGAGAAAGCGGGAGUCAAUCCGCAGUGUCAAAGUUCCGCAGUCAAUCAUGGAUCGUCAGCAAAGCGUUCACAUUCAAUUUGGCCAAGUCAGAGACUUUAUGCUCCUUGUUGAAGAACUCAAGAGACUCCGAGUGCGUGGUGCCAAUCUUGGUUUGCUAGAAAGUCACUCAAGACAACUGUGGGAGGAUGCAGAAAGCAUCAUUGAUUUGGCAGCUGUCAACGAGGAUGAUGAGGGUUUACCGCGUCCAUCUUCGCCAGCACCGGCUGACAUUUUCGGCGACGAAACUCCACCAAAACGCGUUGCUGAGGAAGAAGAAGCUGGGAAACCUGGUUUGGGUCGAACCAUUAAUCGACGUUCGAUUUCAAGUCCUAGAACACCCCCUUAUGGACGACCUCGUGGUGAGAGUCUACAAACCAAGUCAUUUCUCCAAACCAUUCAUCAAAAUCGAAAUGGACUAGAGUCUUCACCGACCAAUCACAACACCCUUUCCCGUGAAAAAUUGCCCUUUGACACACAAGACCUCAGAGAUCUGGUGGUGAGAGCGGGCGUAAUCACAAGAGCAUUAAAAGAGACUGUACGAAAAGCGGAAGGAGUGUCUUUAAGUCCAGAAAGACCCACCCACAAAUUUCAAGAUCCUGUGUUCCGGCAGAUAUUCGAUCCCCCGGACUCGUCACCCGCCUCACCAUUGAGAAAACCCGGACUACCGAAAAGUCGAAGUGCUAACAGCUACCUGGAUGGAGCUGGCACCAGCAAUGGUCAUGAUAUUUCACAACCAUUGAAUUUCACCAAGGUGGUCGAGGCGAAUUGA